UCCCCAAGAAAGAAAUUGCCUAUUUCGUACAGGGGACCUAAGUCAUCGUAUAAGAUAAAACAUCUUCCCUGUUUAUUUACACAAAAACAGGCGUCUGGUGUGCGACGUGAGAACGAGAUUCUAAUUCACCGUCAGAAGUCCGACGGUCGCAGUGUUCCCUACCGUGUGAUCGACCAGCCGCAUAAACUCCAACCGGACGAAUGGAACCGGGUUGUGGCUGUGUUCGUUCAAGGUCAAGCCUGGCAAUUCAAAGGUUGGCCGAUCGGCUCUGAUCCCGCGGUGAUAUUUUCCAUCAUCAAGGGGUUUCAUCUCAAGCAUACCAACAUGCCACUGGAUGCAAAUGUGGCCAAGUGGAAUGUGCGCGUGAUCAAUUUGGAUCAGCGUCGCCAUUUGGACAAAGCAAACUUCCAGCUGAUCUGGGAUCAACUCGACAAACACAUCGCCAAAUGCAAACCGUUUUUGCGUUCGUGA